UCCAAUAUUGCUAUAUUAUUAGUCAUUGCUAAAAAACAAGAUUUCUUGCAUUCUUAAAAAUAGUUUAAACAUUAAUAAUCGUUUUUAAUUUAAUCACGAAAAAUGGCUGAUCCCAAAUAUGCCGAUUUACCUGGAAUUGCAUAUGAUCAAGCUGAUGUUUAUGAGACUACUGAUUUACCAGAAUCAGAACAAUUUCAACUUUACCCAGAGGACGAAACUGAUUCUAUAGAAAAGUUACAUAUUAGUGCUACAGAAGCAUUUAAUAAAUUUAAAAGUAAACAUGUCAUCAGCAAGGGAGUUGAUUUUUCAGAUCGAGUAUCAAUCAAACCAAGGACUGGCUAUAAAUUUGGAGAUUGGGAAUUACCUGGAGAGGGAGAGAAAGAAACUCCUAUUCAAAAAUAUCAUCGCUUACAAUGUGAGAUUAAAGAAUUAUAUGAAGAAGUAAAUGAUUUAAAGGAAAAAGCAAAAGAUGAAGAAGUAAAAUCUGUUGCUGAUAUAAUUUCCCAAGUACAACUCUUAGGAAAGCAAUUAGAUUCUUUAAAAUUAGAAGAAAGUCUUGGACCUGAUCUUGUAGCAACACUAUUAGAUCCACAAGGCACAAGAAUGAAACAACUGAUAUCGCAAAUAGAAGCAUUCAAACAAACUAGUACUCUUACCUCUGAAACUGAUUCAAAGACACAGGUUACAAAAGAUGAUAAAACAGCUGAACCUGGUGUACUCAAAUAUCAGAUAAUGUAUCUUCCAGAAAAAGCAAGAAUGCAAGAAGCAGCAAGAAUUGCAUUACUUGAACAAAGGCUUUGUAACUUAGAAAGUGUUAUUGGAACAACAAGUGAUAAACUUUCUAAAUUUUCACAAAAUCUCAAAGGUCAAGGAGUAAUGGAAACUCUUCAAGAACUAGGAGCAAAAGCUGCAUUAUUAGAUAUAUACCAGCUAAAUAUAGUCGAAAGCCGAUUAUCUGCGUUACUUCAUAAAAUGGAUAGUAUUGCCCAGAAAAAGACUGCAUUAGAUUCAGAACAAGAGCAAAAAAUUUCAGAAAUGUAUGAUAUUAUAAAACAGACAGAAAGUAUGUCACAAAUUUUACCUCAAACUGUAAAUCGAAUGUUGGCUUUAAAUACUAUUCAUCAGCAAGCUGCUACAUUCAACAAAUCCCUUAUGCGUUUAGAAGAAUUACAAUCACAAAUAACUUCGGAUUUGGAGAGUAACAAGUCUCUCUUAAAAGGAGUACAGGAAAGCUUUGCAUCAAAUUUAGAAAUUAUAAAAAAUAACAUAGAAUCAUUAGAUGAACGUACUAAGAAGCUUAGCAAAUGA